CGGCCGGCGCCCGAGCUCUCGGCGAGCGGCGGAGCCCGCCGCCCCGGCUGUCAGUUCCCCGCGGCGGGGCCGGUGGCGGGGCCGGUGGCGGGGCCCGGGCCGCGCUCCUCGGGCUGCAGCGGAGCCGUCCCGCACCUCCCGGCCGUGCCGCUGCCCCCCAAGGUCAGCCCCGGCCCCGGGGUCACCCCCGGGCCGCCCUCGGUGGGGCUGCGCCGUGUGCGGGGCGCGAAGGCUCCCGGCCAAGCGAGCGGCAGCUCGGAGCCUUUCCGCGGUUUUUCCGCGUGUUUUCUUCCUGAUUUCCCACUCGACCGUAGCAAAGCCGGGACGUUCACGGGAGAGACAGCCGCGCAAGGCCACGGGAGUCGCGGUGAUGUGCUGCCUUGGUCGGGUCGGCGGUUGUGCUAGCACCUGCUGAGUGUUAUCGGAGCCUCUGUGGACUUUGUCUCAGAUAUAAUUGCUGAGGCUCUGUAAAAUGGCUUUACGCUUCCGCAGUUUCAUCCCAUAUGCCAUACCUGGAGUGCUGGCACUUCUCGGCUGCUGGUGGAUCUAUGCCCACAGAAAAAAGCAUGCAAGCUAUCACGACAAACAGGUAAUCGACACUGAAAAAGAGCAGGAGGAAGAAGUGCCAGAGAACAAUUCAUCAUCCAGAACAGAAGCAUGUGUUCCUCAAAGACUGUCUCUCUCAUUGGAAGAGGAAUGGCCAGAGACUGAAACCUUGACCUCCCUGCUGUCAGCGGGGUUGAUGACGCCCUCUCUUCUGUUGCAAAGUCAUGAGAGGCUAGAUCUCUCACAGGACCUUCCAGACCUGUCAGUAACAACAAUUCAGCCCAGCACUCUUGAGGACGACAGUGAAAAACUAGAAACAAUAGGAUCUCAAGAUGAAAGCAGUGUCCCUGCUUGUGUUUCUCUCCCUCUAAUCUCAAAGAGCACAGAGUGCCACAGCAGUGCUGCAGUGAGCCUUAUACAGGAUUCAAGCUCUAGUGCAAACCAAGAUCAGUGGCCGUCUGCAUCACUGACAGGAGAGUCUUUGGGAAUCACGGAGGAGAUCAGCAAGGCAGAGCAGUCAGAUGAAUCUUCCUUUAAGCCCCCUAAGGAAAGCCAGAUGUCAGAAAUUCUGAUAUCGGAUACUGGGUCUGUGACAGCCCUUUGCUUGGGAUUGGAGAAGGAAGCCAAUACCCCACAAGCCUUUCUUAAUAAUGAAGUGGAAGUUGUAUCAAGUCACAAGGAUUCUGCAGUACGCAUGUUGCCAGAUAGUUUGGAGUCUGCCUGUUUGGAGCAGUGCAGGGAAGAAGAGGUGUCUGAGUCCAUUGCCAGUACAGUACCUGUGUGUCAGGAGGAGGACACACAGCCGAAAGGAGAUGAAUUGGAAAGAAAGGAGAUUGGAGGAGUGAGUUUGGACAAGGAGGAAGUUGAGAAAAUAGAGCAAGUAGCAAUACAGAUAAUUUCCAAGGUCAUUUUGGCAGCAACUGAGGAAGUGCUAUCUGGUGCUGCCUGUGAUGCGUCUGCUCGGAUCUGCCAGGCCGCUGCCAGCCGAGCUGAGACGCCUCCGGAGAUGGCAAGCGCUCUUUGCUCUGAUCAGAUGCUUGCAGAGGAAGCUCCCCAAGCUGAUGAGAACAUCGCUGCGAAGGGUGAUGCUGCGGUCCUGACAUCCCCGCAGACAGAGGGGCAGGAUCAGAGCGUGACGGAUUCCAGCUGUUUAACGCACAGCUGUUUAUCCAGCCCUGUUCAAGGAGACACAAAAGACUGUCGGGUGAAGAACCGUGUGCGCGGUGAGUCCCGACAAGUUGAUCGGACUCCUGUGGAAAACCACAGAGGGUCACUGGAAAGGUCACCUGUGGUUAUGGAGGACUCUGGGUGCAGCACAUAUGCGUUUGGAGGUGGGACGAGUGUGGAGGACCCGUUGCAGAACACAGUGCUGUCUGUCAUAUCAGGCCAGCAUUCGGACUCACUGAGCAUAUCUGCAACCCAAGACAUGUCUGCUGAGCAGAGCUCAGUACCAAGUAAAAAACCUCCUACUCUGAAGCUACCUGAAGACAGCAAAGUGCCAUACAGUAAUGGGAUAUUGAAAGAGGAUGGUCCGGACUUGAGUUCUGAGUGUAGCAGGGCAGCAGGGAUGGAUGGAGAUCAUUCAGGAGGUUCAGAUGCAAAUAACAUGGAUUUUGUGGACAGUGGCUGUGCCAUGAGGAAGACAGUGACUCGCCAGAACUCUAAGCUAGGAGGAGAAUCCAGCAAGUCUGACUUCAUUAUCUGGGAAAUAGAGGUCCCAAAGGAAUUAGUUGGCCGCUUGAUCGGCAAGCAAGGAAGAUUUAUGAGCUUCUUGAGGCAAGCGUCUGGUGCCAAAAUUUAUGUCUCAACACUACCUUAUUUCCGUGACUCCCAAAUCUGUCACAUCGAAGGCUCCCCGCAUCAAGUAGAAAAAGUACUGAGCCUGAUUGGCAGGAAGUUCAAAGAGCUGUGUCUCACCAACAUCCACGCUCUACCUCCACCGACACCAAUGACGCUUCAUUCCCUCCUUAUGACUGCCUGGUUGUUCCUCCCAGAUGGCGUCACUGUAGAGGUGGUUGUGGCAAACCAGGUCGAUGCAGGGCACAUGUUUCUACAGCAGCAUACGCACCCCACUUUCCACGUCCUGCGUAGCCUCGACCAGCAGAUGUAUGCCUGCUAUUCUCAACCUGAAAUUCCAACCCUGCCAACUCCCGUAGAAGUUGGUAUUAUCUGCGCAGCCCCGGGCCUGGAUGGGGCAUGGCUACGGGCUCAAGUCAUUAGCUACUUCGAAGAGACCAGUGAAGUGGAGCUCAGAUACGUGGACUAUGGAGGAUACGACAGAGUGAAGAUCGACACACUCAGACAAAUCAGGUCUGAUUUUUUAUCACUGCCUUUCCAAGGAGCAGAGGUGCUACUAGACAACGUGAUGCCGCUUCCAGACGAGGAUCACUUUUCAUCCGAAGCUGACGCGGCCGUGAGUGAGAUGACCAGAGGCGCAGUCCUGGUGGCGCAGGUCACAAAUUAUGACAGUGCAACUGGUCUGCCGCUGAUACAGCUGUGGAACUUGAUGGGAGAUGAGGUGGUGUCAAUAAACAGAACUUUGGUGGAAAGAGGAUUUGCUCAGUGGCUUGACUACUAGCAAUGUCCUAGAUGCCUCAACAACUCUUUCUGCAGAGGAAAACAAAAGAAGAAAUCUUGUUUUGCACUAUUACAAUUCGGUUUGGCAACCUCUCGUGAGAAGACCCGUUUAUGGCAUUUUGUGGUCCACUGAAACUAGUUCUGCUCAACUGUUACCAUUUCACCAGAAGCUCAUACCUCAUCUCAGUGAAAGGCAGGGUGUUAAAAGCCAUAAUGACAGAUACUGUAGCUUUAAAGCAAAAAAUCCUCCCUGGCCUCUACUCGAAAGUUGAAUGGAAAAAAAAAUCUUAAACCUUGGGGCUUGCCUGAAGCCAGCAAAUGCCCCUGCGACGUUAACUGUGGUAGCAUUUUUGUUCAAGAUGUGUAAUACCCCAUGAACUUAGUGUAUGCUUGUCCUAAAAGUUACAUUGAUUGUCCUUUUUUUAACAGCCUCUGCCUAUGAAAUUAAUGAAUGUUAUUAAGGAAUUUAAUGUUCGGUUAUGGAUUUUUCUAUAUUGUGCCACUAACCUGCACAAACAACAUUCAUCUUGUGUCUUCCUUAUGCCGGGAGGUGGAUGAAUUGCAUUCGUUGCACUUACUGUGGCACUUGUCUCACUGCAGUCAUGGUUUUUAGGCUUGAUAUGCUUAAGGAAGGAAGCUGCUCGGUGCAGAUGCUUGAAGUGCAGGAUAUGUUACCACUACAAUUUUUGCUCUGAGAUGUCAUGUAUUUAAAGAAAAGAACUGAUUGCCAAGCCCAAUUGUAGUUUAUAUUUUUCUAGCUGUGCAAGUCUGUAAAUAUCUAUAAAAAAAACAUUGUAAUAUUUUGUACAAGAAAAACACUGGAAACAAAGGGAACUUUACAGAAACUUUUUCACACCAAAAUGUCCUGUGUAGGUAGAACUGGUUUGGAGUGCAUUAGGGUAGCCAACGUAUUUGGAGCUUCUGAACAUCGGGAGUGUUUCAGCUCUGCUGUAUACAGGUUUAGUAUUCCUUUAGGUUGCUGUCUGGUUUGAAUUGUGAUCACUGCAUCCUUUGCUAUGUUGCUGUACAGAUAUGUUUAAAAAAAAAAAAAAAAAAAAGUAACAACUUGGCAUUAAUAUUGCAGUGGUGUUCUCUCAAUUUUUUUUUUUUUUUGCUCCUUUUUAGAUUUCUAUUACGUAUUUAAAAUUUCACUCAAGUAAUUUAAGCUGACUUAAUACUCUUAAACACGUGCCCUCUAAUGUAUAUCAUUUUAGAUAUGUAUUGAGCUGGGAUUUAUUGCUGGCAGAGAAGGUGUUUGCCAGGAAAACGUUUGUAGUCCUCAGAAGUUUUUUCAGGUGGAUUCAAGGAUGUCCUUACAUCCUAUGAGCUAACAUGUCAGUCCAUCACACAUUUGGAUAGUUGCCUACAAAAGCAUUUGGUCCAAUCCCUUCUGAUAUGGUAUGGUUAUAUUCUUUUUUUUUUUUUCAGUUCUCUCCUAUUUGGUACUUAUGAUCUAAUGUUCGUGUUUGCAAUAACAUCAGUGAAAACUAAAUUGGGUAACUUGGUUAAAUCUAUAAAACAUAUAUCCUCUUGAAAUGUUUCUUUCCAUUUCAAUUAAAGCUCGAAUUUUAA